CCCACAGAGCUCUCAUAAGUGUUUAUGACUGUGACAGGGACAGACGUACGUGCAGCAGUAAACCAACUUUCAUCAUGUGAGGUAAGAAGCUGAAACAUUCGCUUUUUGGACUGUUAUGUUAAAAUGGUCAUUUCACUGCUUUAAAUUGUUUAAAUAAGACAGUGUCCCUCUCUAAUUUACUUUAAUGGUAUUUUGUUGGUGAAACCGUUCAUCUUUCAGCUGUAGAUGAAAUGAAGGGAGUGACUCAGUCCUGCAUGUUGAAAUCCUGUGAUGUGGACUUGCAGAGAAUUUUCUUCAUCACGCAAAAAUUGCGCAAUAUCAUGACGCUGGCAAAGGGGUUAGAGGGAAAUGUAAAAAGGAAAUAAUGAUACAAUCAGUCUCUCCAUAUCAGAGCUUAAAUGUGUUUUCUUAUCCAAAAACAUCCAAGUGCAGUAAUCCUACAGUUUUAUCAUCUUAAAAAAAUUUACUUUUGCCUGGAGUGUUUACUCUUUGUAUUUUCUUCCCAAACGUGCACACUCUCCAUAUCUGAUUUAGUUUUAGCUCACUUGCCUUUAUCUUGAUUUUUGGUUUCACAUCAGCAUCAUGCUCACUGUAUGACUCACUGUAUUACAACAGAACAACAAACGGUAACUUGGUUUUGAACACUGGUUGUCUUUAUUCUGCUCACUGGUGGUUCCCAAAACCAGCUUCUGUUGACCGCAACCACGAAAAAAAUGGACUCUAUCAUACCGACAAAAAAAUCCCCCUCUCAUUUUUUAUUGACUGAUCGUUCUCAGUUUACAGCUCUCUUUUUGUUUUUUGUUCUGGCUGUACUUUUUGUGAUACUUGUACCUUCAGAAGAGUUCUCCGCACGAGGUAUGCACAAAUAAUGCCCCAGAAUAAUUCCAAGAAAUAUGAAUGUUGACAUUACAAGUGUGCCUUAGAGACAGAGCGAUUAAUCAAGCUGAUUACUGGCAUCUGAAGUAACUGCGGCUGCAGUAACUGGCUUCAUAUCCACAUCAGCCUUUAUAAGGGCAAAAACACAAUGAUUUUUUUGUAUGACAACACUACUUUCAACUGCAACAUAUCAAAUUCAUUCGUAAAACAUUCACCGACAAAUAUAGAAUACAGUUUAUUUUAUCAUGCAUUGAAUAAUAUUAUUCAUCGCUUCUGACAGAAAUAUUAAACCCUGUUCCAAAAUCCAUAGCAAAACGGCAUGUAUUUGUCUUUUUAAUUAAUUCAUAUAAUAUCCAUCUAAAACAUGUCACUUGAUUACAAAACCAUGCAUCACAUUUUUAAUGUGCACAGAUAAAUUGACUUGAAUGAAUCUCUUCUCCCAUAUUCAUCAAGUUAUUUACUGCUUUUCCUUCUUUAUAGUAAUUCAAGAGGACUGGACAGAUAUCCAAAAGUCCCUCUGCAAUAUUCUACUGAGCUAGAUAUUUGCCCAUCUACAAAUAUUUGUUUAUUAUUAUUUAUUUACUUGGAUGCAUUUGUAAUAUUUUGUUGAAUGCAAUUUUUUUUUAUGGUUUUAGUUGUAGUAUCAGCAUCUGCAUUUGCUGUUGACAACUGUAACUUGUCAACUCAUAUUGUUCCGAGCAAACCAUAUAACAUAAGAGAUAUAAGAUAUUUUUCCCAACAUUCUUCUUAAGUUACAAAAAGAUUCAACAUUUAAACUUUUCUUUACAUAUUUUUCUUUCUUUUUUUUAUGGAUUUUUUUUCAAAAUUGUGUCUCAAAAUGUUGUUUGUACUGACAAAUUUGUAACGGUGGAGCUAUAAAAGGGGAGCCAGCUCAAAAUUUAAACAAAUAGUAAAAAUUGAAUUCAAUUCAAUUCAAUAGUACAGAACGGCAUUGCAUUCACCGGAUUAAAAAAAAAAAUCAGACACCUUAUCUCAUUUUUACACAAUCUUUUCUUGAAAUGAUGAGAUGAAUUCAUUGUCUGUGAUCACAUGUAAAUACUGUAUAUAUUAUAAUAUGGGACAUUUACAGGACAAUACUAAUAUAGGAAGACAGCAGGAAAGAGGGGUUAAAUACAGCCUUUUCCCUGCCAAAACAGCUUACUUUCAGCUAUGAUACAUAUAAACACAUUUCAAGAAGUGUACAUUUUAGCACUUACAGAUCACAGACACAUUUGAAUAGGAUAAAAUGCUUUUUUAAGGGACAAUGAAUAUGGAUAUAAAAAUUAAUGAACAGCCUUAAAUCGACAUAUUGCUUUAAUCCUUGUAAGCAAAUGAAAACAAAAUAAUCUAAUACAGUUUUUAAAAGUUUAAAUUUUAGCAAAACUAUUUUAGCAAGUUUUUCCCCACAUCUCUGUUUGUUUUGGUGUAUCAGUUCUCCAAAGAUUUCCUUUAACUGCCUCUUGGCUUUCACUGUGGCGACUCUGAGUAUCACCCCAGGCCUUGUCUUAGAGCCUCGGAAGUUCUGAUGGCACAAGCAUUUUCUCCAGAGACUGAUGAAUGCCAGACUGUAUGUUCAAACAGAGUGAUAAAACCGUUCAUCUGUGUCAACACUCUUUGGUUUAUUAUGUUCCUGGGCGUGUGUUUGUGUCUGGAGACAGCAAGUGUAUUUCUUCCCUAUACACACAUGUGUGAAAGAGAGAUAAGAGGCAAGCGGAUGAGGGUGGCAACCCACAAGUGCACACUCAAAGCGGAACGCAGUGUGUCUUGCGGUCAUGACUCAUUUCUUCUUUAUUUCUAGUAAAUGAACUAAUUCUGCGUCUGUUUGUCUUUCUCUGUCUGUCUCAGUGUAUGAAUCUGACCUUUCCUUUUGUAUAGGCUCUUUCACAAUGUAAUGAACUUCCUGAUACUUAUCUGGAAAAGAAGGGGACAUCAGCGCUGUCUUCACCCAGAAAUGAUGACUGUCCUCUGGGUAGCACUCUGGGCACUGCUCCCUACUCUGGCUCUCACGACUGGUCCAAACGAUUGUGUCCUCCAGGAGAGCAGCACCCUACAACAUGGUAAGAUUCAACUGAAUCAACACAGAAAAGGCUGAUUAAGGAAAUGAAUAAUUUGCUGUCUCUAAAUUUGGCCAUAUAAGAGUAGGAAAUACAUCACAGCAACUAAAUCCGUGUGUCACCAGUAAUGGGUUAGUUGUCAAUCUGCACUGUACCAUGAAUCUGUAAUUUUUCAUUUGACUUUAUUCUUGCAAGAAAAUGAUUUUUCAAAGACUUCUUUUUUUUUGUAAGAAAAUUACUUAAAGCUCCUGCAAGAGGCUUUAAGUUUGUGUCAAUGUUGGCGCCCCCUGUGGACAAAGCAGUAUUUGUUUAUAUUGUCUCCUGCAAACCCAAGUACAGCUUUCUCACAAAAAAAUCUUAUUUUUCUGACAAUUGACAGUCUAAUGCAUAAUUUAUUCUAUCUGGUUAUCAUAACAACAGAGCUGACACCUACCCCUGCAUGCUGUUUUCAGGCGUUUAAAAUUAAGAUAUAACAGUACUCGAUCUGGUUGUUGAUGGUCUCGUUUGCUUUUGUUUCGUGUAAAAAGGCAUCUACGUAAUCGUCAAAAACACCCCAUGACUUUUUUAAUACUUUUUAAAAUCUUUGAGUAGUUGUUUCUUUAAGAUGGCCCUUAAUGUGUUUUUAACUGCUGGUGUACAUCUAUUAAUUGCAGACAUGUCCAGUCAGAGUGCAUGUCCAGUGGUCUAUGUGGCCAGAAUUCUUAAAUUUAAUGGAUGUUUUGUGGAAUGAAUAAAUCUGCCCUAAACGCUGGUGAUUCUGGUGCAGUGGGAGUGAAGGUCAGCAGGGACUGGGGAGGGGGAAAAUGUACCUUGGCACGGUACGGGGCAGCGGGACCAAGUGUUAGUGUGACCUCAGAAAAUGGCCACAAUUUUUACCACUUCUGUUCUGAGGAAAAUCUCCAUUGGUAAUAAGUUACAAGAAAUAAAAAUAGCCUUUGCAAAUUUUCUCUUCUUGUAUAAAGUGGUAAAAAAAAGGUGUUUUAGGUGAAAUCCAGGUUGUUUCCAUCUCACCCACUCACUCUGAAGUCGUCUUAUUCCUCUACUGAUCAUGUUGCAGGAUGUGCUCAAAAAAAGAAAAAAGCAGCACAAACGAAAACAAAUGAGCAUAAAAGCAAAUUCAUCAUGCAAAACCAUCAAUGUGUCUCUUGUUGUAGAGUCUCCAUUGUUGAAAUUCUUGGUCUGCCAUAACGACUAUGAAUCAUACGUCCACUGCAAAUGGGAGAAACAUGGCGAGAGGGAUCCGCAGCUCUGGUUCAAGACAGACAACAACAAGUAAAAAAAACACAUUUGGUUUCAACAUACGGUGCAGUGUUGAAAAUAUACUAUGUGUUGAUUUGGUGCGAGAGUUUUCUGCCUCACAGUGGUGUAUUUUUGUCCUUUUAGUGAGCUGUGUGAGCCUUUUGAAGCUGAAGGAAUAGAUCCGAGUGAGAACAGGACUGUCCAGUGUAGAUAUCAAACCCGUGCUUUUGCCAUCAGCAUCGAACACACUGUCUUUUUCCUGGAUAAGAAGACCCAAUGCUCAUCUGUUCACCACAAGACUCUGGAUCUCACCCAGCACUGUAAGUCUAGAUGUUACUUCUUGUAGGUUUCCCGGCGUGGGCAUCUAACAUUGCUAUUUAACUGUUAUCUCUGUAUGUUUGUGUUGAACAGUGAGAGCGCGAACACCCGUGAAUCUGUCCACACAUGAGACAGGUGACGGAGGACGCUGGAUCGGCUGGACCAGUCCUUACUCUUCCUCCUUGAAUCAAAACAUCACAUAUCAGCUCAGCUACAAGAAAGACACACAAGACCACUGGACGGUGAGCAAAAAAAUAUAAAAAGAUUCAUGACGUAAAAAAAGUGAUAUGUUCAAGAAUUAGCUAAGUGGUGUUAGAAGAGUCAUAUGAUUUAUUUCCAUUCUAGUAGAUUAAAAAACAAAUGAGACCUAUUUUUGACUCAAAAGGGGAAGUAUUUGAUGCAUGGUUCCUGACCGCAACAUUUGAACAGCUUGCUGCUGUGUAGCAAAGGCAGUUAGUAGUCUCUGUAAAUCAUAUUGGAAGCUUCCUCUGACAGGAAAACUGGUGCAGGCUCUGAGUCCCUGGGGCCGAGUCAAGUCUGAGCUCUUGUGAUGAUACAAUGAAGUCUAUAAAUAUCCUAACAUAUUGUACUUACAGGAAUUAGCAUAGGCCAACACUGCAGAGGUUUACAGCCAUGUGAGCAGCUCUGUAAGCUUGUAGUUGUGCCCAUUAUUCUCUCGGAUACAAGCUUUUAAUGAAAUGCUAGCAUGUUCAGAAAAACAAUACGAGCAGUAAAUGUUGUUUAGCAUGACAUAGUUUUAGGUUGAAACUGUUGAGGGGUUAGUAAGUAUGUAACAAGACAAAUACAAUGACCAAGUUUAGCUCAUAAACGUUGAUUAGAUCAUUGGCCAUGUUAACUAAAGAGUAAGUUGUAACUUAGUUUGGUUUUACUGUUUUGUGUUAGGCUCUAAACAUAAUUACACAGUAUUAAAGUUCAGUAUUUUAAUAUGGAGCCCAAUGGGAUUGGCUUGCCUUAGAGGCAGCCUCUACUGGCCACUUGGUGAACUGCGUUUUUUGGCAUUACCAUAUUGGUCUUACUUUUGGACCCCUUUGACUUUGUUUCAGGCAACUACGGGGCACCUUCAGAGAUUUUCGGCUUCAUGAAAGAGAUCACAUUGGGCCCCUGUAUUUCUCCACCGCUAAUGUUAUUAAAAAAGUAUUCACUCUUGCCAAGACCAAGUGUUAGAACCUCCAGAGUUGGUAAAAGACGACAAUGUGGUAGGCUAAAAGAAAAUCUGCAGUUUCAUUCAUGUCCACUAGAGGCUGGUCCACAUCAUAGGAAGCCUCAUUAUGUCCCAUGUUUCAAUAACCAACUUAAUAUGGAGAACAAACCUAAUAACAGAAACAAAUAUGUCAUGUCACAGAGACUACAUCCAUGCUUCACUUAGUGUUUGUUUUUGACACACAGAAAUGAACACAAUUUUCACUUUUAGGAGGUGACAACACAGAGGUGACAACCUUGUGGGAAAUCCCCUCAGUUACACUUCUCCAUGUUUUUAUCAUAUUACAACUUCAGGUUUAAUAUAGGUUUAAUUCUGAUUGUACACUACCGGCCAACUUCUGAAGUCACUUAUGAGGGUUUGAAAUACUUUACCAUUAAUAAUAGUAAAGGUUUGAGCAUUAUGCUAUAACACCUGGCUUAAAAAAUAAAGUGCAAACAAUUAAUUGCAGGCAGGUUGUUGUGCGGUCAGAUGGGGGUUUCCAGGCUGGGGCACAGACCUUUGUAGGGGUGGCUAGGCGUGGUAAAUAUUAUAAGCUCACCCAAAAUCAAGUAGGUUAUCUCUACUAAUCACAUUUACUUUAACUUUAAUAACAAAAGGUUCAAUAAAUGUUUACAAAUUUUAACUUAGAAAGAUAACAGAGUAGUGACAUAUCAAUCUGCUGGACCUUAUUCUUGAAAGGACACAAAAAGAGGAUGCUGCUCUAGAGUCAUUAUUUAAAGUUCCAACCAUAGAAAAGAAAGCAACCCAAACAGUGGCAUUCAGUAUAAGUGGCAACCCUUCCACAGCAAAUAGUCAAUCGUAGCUUUGAAUUUCAGGGUGGCCAAUCAGGUUUUAGGGGUGGGGAUGGUCACCCUCUGUUUCCACCACUAGGGCAUUAGACUUUUUUCACAGCUUCAUACCUUUGAAGGGAUUCAGAGUUUAGUUUCCAGAGAACAGACCCUAAAUGUCAUGACAGUCCUGACACGGCAAAGACCACAUCUCUAUACCGUCCCCUUUUAAGUAAAGGCUACAAAUAGAUAAAUAAAUGAUAGGAAAGCUUUGGGGUAAAGUGUGCUUACAUGUCGUGUGUAUAGACUUAAUACCUAAGAAUGUGAAAGACUUAAUAUUGUCACUUCUGAUGUUGACUUCAGUAACUAGUUUGCCAGAUUUCUGACCUACACAAAUCACUUCUCGUUCACGUUUUAGAGACUGACUGUUUCAAACACCAGCGUUAAACUCCAAGAGCUGGUCUCAGGUCAGAGGUAUGAAGCCAAGGUGAGAGCGCGGACCAGGGUGGGUCAGUGGAGUGACUGGACUUCUGUGGUAACCUGGAGGACUGAAGACGGUUUGUACCAUGAACAUGAGUCUGUUUACCGUUCACAUAGUAGCUUUACCUUUGCAUGUCUGAGGCACCCCUUUGAAUGGCAUUUUUAAUUGAUCGGAUCAUUUUCCCGCCUGAAGGGUCUUUUCCUCUGAUACCGACCCUCCCCUUCAUCUCCUAUUCUCACAUUUCUAAUCUCCUCCCUCUGUUCAUUUUUAAUGGGAGCUUUGGAAAAUUCUGGAGCCUUGGGGAUGUUGUUAUUAACUCACUUUCUCCCUCUCUCUCUCUUUGGCUCUAGACAAGAGGCAUUUUCCCAGCAUGCAUUGUGUCCUGUAUGGAGAGAAUGAGGUGACGUGUAGCUGGGAGUUGAGCACAGAGAUAGCUCAGUUAAUUUCCUACCAGCUGUCCUGUCGACGCAACCAGACCGCACCGUGAGUCAAGCACGACAUCAACAAACAUCAGCUGGGUUAUCGUCAGUCUGUUCGCUCAGCUGACCACCACACCCCUCUCCUCCUCUUUUUUUUUAAUCCCGGUGUUCAGGUCUGAGAGAUGUUGUGUGAACCAAACAGUGACCUCUGACCCCAGCGGGACGGUGCUGAAGUACAGCUGCUGGCUGACUGUCACAGACCCUGAACAUCUGCUGCUGGAGCUUCAACAGACACGCAAUGCCAAGAUUUUUAAGGCUCACAAGCACAGUGAGUAGACUUGAGACACAGGGAGCCAUAUCACAGGGGAGAUCGAGUGGAGGUGGGGGCUGGUUACAUGUCCCGCCAAAUUAAAAGCACACAAUUGUGUGAUAAAAAGCUCUGCAGGCACACAGAGCUCAGCAGGGCCGCGGUGUUGUGACUAAGUGUCCCCAUCUAGCGUUUGAAAGUUGCUACUACAUCCCAGAUUCCUGCUUGUUUAAGUUCUCUUAUCUUUUCCAUUAUGACUCAAUGUGUUGUGCAGUUCAGCCCAAACCACCUCAACAAGUACAGGUGAAAAUGAAAGGCAGCAGCUGGAGGAUGGAGUGGACAGAGCCGAGUACAGUUUCCAAAGUGAGACUGUACUAUCAGGUCUGCUAUUACAGGACAGGGGAGCAGGUGAGGCAUAAGCUUGUACACAUUUGUGUCUAAAUAAUGCAGCUUAAACUCUUAAUUCAAACUCAUACCUUCGUUCCUUUUUAGGUCAUUGUCAAUGUUUCAAUGGGCAACAUGUUCCUGAACCUCCCGGACAUAUCCGGACAAUACAUGGUCAAGGUCAGGUCACUAGUUGACCCCGGGACAGAUUUCACCCUUGAGGGAAUCCCGUCUGAAUGGAGCCCUCCUGUGGAAUGGAUCUCUCAUGAGGGUACUACAAUAUAAGCAUGAAAAACAGACACAUAAUGUUGUGAUUAUUGUAGUAUUGAUUAUAACAAAGUGCUAUUCUGUUUUCUAUUUCUCGACAGCCUGGUCUCCAGACACUCUGAUCUAUUGUUCCAUCGGUGCAUUUGUGGCUACAGUCUUCCUCACUCUCUACUGCACCAUUCCAGCUUGUCGAAGGUACUUUAGUCACCCUGAUUUCUUUAAACAUACCCAUUUCUAAAAUCAAAAAAGUAUUCCUCUGAACCUUCCUCCUGUGUUAGCUUUUCCUACGCACCCACCAUGCCAAGGGUCGGUUUUGACCCGUGUCUUAAAUCAGCUGUAAAUACACUAAAAACUGUUCUCUAUCAUCCAAUUUGGUUCUCAUCUCUAGGUUAACUUGUUAAGCUUCAUUAUCAUUAUUACUUCAUUAUUAUUAUCCCUACAGAUAUUGCUUGUAUUAUUUUUUGUAGUGGGCCUCUGGGUCUUUCUUUGUCAGUAUACCCCUCACACAGACAUCCAUACUGAACUGAUCUCACUUGUCUAGGCAUGCCCAAUGUUGUUUUUUGUGCAGGGAACAACAUGGUAAAAUGAGAAUUUCCUCAAUCUCACAUGAUUAGAAGAGGAUCUGACUGUCAGUGUGGUGCCUGACAGUGCACUUAUGAUUUCAGUUUUUGCUCUAAUUAUUAGAUAUUGAUCUAACUGGGUCAACAGUGACCCUAAAAUGACAAGUGACAUAAUUUUAAUAAGAGCAUUUUAUCAUUUAGUCAAUUCAAUUUUUUAUUUUGUUGAAAUAGAGGUUCCUGACAAAGUCAAAAAGUCUUGAUGCACAAAAGCUAAUUUAAGCAUUUACAAUAAAAAACGGGUCACUGCAGACCCUAACACAGGAGGAGGGUUCAUGUUAUUAUGCUCUUGACAAACUUUCUUUAAAUGCCCUUUAUUAUUUCAUCAGCAUUACUCUUCUUAUUUUGAAAAAACAGGAAGGUUGUACUCUGGGUGGAUUCAAUUCCCUCUCCAGGCAAGAGCAGAAUCCUAUCAGAGAUCAAGGUGAGACCGAAUUAUUCCACUGUUUGUCGGAUUUUCUUCAAUUUCUUGCAUGUUAUGUUGCCAAUGAUGUAAUUUAUUUGAUCCAGUCUGAAACCAGCCAGACUCUCAUGCAGAGCGAGAGCACGUCCUUCUGCAAAGUGCAGCACUCAGAAAGCGUAUCAACAUGGUAAUUUAUCUCCGACUCUGAUCAUUUAUGGAUAAUCCUCUCUUAUCCAUCAAUAAUAGCACUAAUCCAUCUCUUCCUGCAGCUCCUCUGAUGCUCCUUUGUGGUCCACCAAGGACGCUAAGGAAAAGUUUCUGGAGCAGGAUGAGACCUGCUGGACUGGUGUUAAUGUCCCUGUCUCUGCAGAGGUUGUAAGCUCUGACACCUCCUCCAUAAGCUUCAGUGGACCAUACAUCUUCUGUCAGGUCAGUAACUCUCAGUAACAGAGUCAUACAUCAAGUCUUUAAGGAGCUAAACAUUUCUCAAGCAUACAGAGAUUCAAGUUCAGUUUGAGUGUUCAAAUGUAAGGAAUCAGAUUGGAUUAUUAAAGUCCACAUUCACAGCUGAAUAAACUGUUUUUUGUGCUGUAAUCCUUUAUUAAACAUUCAAAGUUUCCCUAAUCCGCUUUGUUUUUACCAAACAGCAGUCAGAGCUAAACAGGAACCAAAAGGAUGUGACGCACCAGGAGAAAGAAGAACACAAAAUUCAACCAAAUGACUCUGUAUCUCCUUCCCCUGUGGAUUUUACUCUUUUUGGAGACAGUUAUGUGAGUCUGCCCAGCAGAGGAAUCUCACGCUCAACACAGGACCUUGUAUCUCACAGCAGUGCUGGGAUAAACAGACACAGGCACGACAGCGCUGAGCAGGACCAACAGAGUCCAGAUCCACCACUUUUGUUGGAUCACACAGACAUCCAGCCAAGUCUCAACGAGCCUAACAGCUGCACCCAACCUCCGCCGCCUUACAUCUCAGUGGCUUUCACUUCCUGGCCUCAGGGGGGUGCUAUACAGCCCUCUGGUUACUGCCACAUCCCCACUGCUCUCAUCAAUGCAGAAAAGUAACCGAGAACAUCUCAUGGACAUCGUGGGUUUUCUGAGAAAUACAAUGAAAAAAUAAAAAUAAAAAACAUUUGUAGUUCAUUUAUAGUUAUUAUUUAAUGUAAAAAAAAAUGCUUGAAUGACUUUAAAAUUGUGGACAAUAUUUCAAAGAGAUUUUACACACUCUUAUCCAGUGGUUCUCAAGUCCAGUCCUCAAGGCCCACUGUCCUGUAUGUUUUGGAUGUUUCCCUGCUCCAACACACCUGAUUCAAAUGAUCAGCUCGUUAUCAAGCUCUGUAAUGGCCUAAUAACGAGCUGAUCAUUUGAAUCAGGUGUGUUGGAGCAGGGAAACAUCCAAAACAUACAGGACAGUGGGCCUCGAGGACUGGACUUGAGAUCUACCGCUCUUAUCCAAAGUCAUGUUAAAAUACCCAUCCAGAAGAGGGCAGUGUUGAGCUUAGACUGUGAGUGAAGUGCAACAAUCAGUGUGUCUCUGACACAACAUAAACCACUUUUUCUCCCCAAAGUUUUUUCACACAGUGUUAAUAUAUUUACCUGAAAUUCUUCAUAACAAGUGAGUGAAGAUGUUAUUGUAACUGUUUUAGAUUUACUGCUUUUACCUCACAGCUGAGGUCAGAAGCAGAUCUACUUCACUCCAUUUCACUGAACAAGCAUGUUAUUCGGCAGACUGCCAUGUUCACUGCGGUCAUGUAUGCACAUUUGCACAUGGGUGUGUGAGUUCAGACCUUGUUGUCAAUGUUGUAGCCUUUGCAUUGCUGGAUGUAUGAAUACAGUACAUGCUGAAUUCCUGAGACUUGUAUGAUGUCUGGUGCGGCAGCCAAGUUUUAAGGACUACAGAAAUCAUAGAAAUGUAAUUUAAAGUUGUUAUACUUACAUACAGAAAUAAUAAUCUAGCUUAAAAGUGUAAUAUUUCUUGAGGCUAAAAAGGGGUAAAAAAAUAGCUCAAGUCAAAAGCUGAAUCCUUAGGGAACUAGCUCAGAGGGGGUUUAGGGUUCAGAUAUACCUUAUGUUUCAGUCAUUAUUUAUCAUUACCAAUAAUUUGGUUGAGCUCAAAGCUAAUAGUUCUUCAUAACAGAGUGUUUUGGCUAUUUAUCUAGUUAGCAGUAGUUUCUGUGCAUUUUUAAAAGCUCUCUACACAAACUUCAUAUUCCUACUGUAAAAGCGUUUUGAAUGUAUCGGGCAGAAAAAGCCUCCUCUGUCGUAUAGCAUUAGCAUCAAGUGUAGUACACCGUCAUUGUCAUUUGCAAUUGUGUGUUCUUGUAAUGCAUAAAAAAGUGCAGAAAUAAAGAAAAAACACAAUCAAAAGUUUUCAAAAUAU